ACUUUGCCCAGGCCACCAUAGCUCCUUAGAAACUUCACCAGGGGCCGGUGCCCCUUCAGCCCCUCUCUUAGAUCCGCCCCUGUCUCAGGUAACUACAUAUGUGUUUUGCUUGACUUUUUUCAUUGCAUUAUGUUUGAUAGUAUUUUUAAACAACGUAUUAAUUAUAGUUACUCGUUUCAAAGCAGUUUUUCUGUUUCAUCUGACGUCUCCAGCGUGCCGUCUGUGGGGCCGAUUCAGUCUUAUCACAUUUCUCCGCCUCUCUCUCUCUCUUCCUCUCUCUCUCUCCGCCGCUCAUCUAUGCCUCUCUCCCAGCUGAGGGGUGGAGGCAGACGGACGGGCUUUUUUUCCGUGGAUGGAUGAAGAGAACAGAGAGAAAAAGGGAGGAGGAAUUAGUGGCUCUCCUCCUCGGUCACCGAGCGUCGCGAUCACCGGAGACCUCCAGCAUCAUCAGCGGGGACUUCUUGAUGGGGAGCGGAGCGGCUUAGGAUGAGCUGAGGAGGAGAGAUUAUUGAUCUGCUGCAUCAGGCUUGAAUCCACCUAAAAACCCCAUGGAGCAGGAUGUGGAGAGCCCGGCCGCCGUCAGGAAGCCCAAGCUGCCGAAGCAGGCCCGUGAGGACCUGCCCAAGCAGCUGGCAGAGAUCGACAGAGCAAAGAGGAUUCAGCGGUACGUCCAGAAAGACGGGAAGUGCAACGUCCAUCACGGGAACGUCCGAGAGAGAUACCGUUACCUGACGGACAUCUUUACCACUCUGGUGGAUCUCAAAUGGCGGUUUAACCUCUUCAUCUUUGUGCUGGUGUACACGGUGACGUGGCUUUUUUUCGGCCUAAUGUGGUGGCUUAUUGCUUAUAUCCGGGGCGACCUGGACCAUCUAGCUGAUGAUCAGUGGACUCCAUGUGUCAAUAACCUCAAUGGGUUCGUGUCAGCCUUUCUGUUCUCCAUUGAGACGGAGACCACCAUUGGUUAUGGAUACAGGGUCAUCACGGACCAAUGCCCCGAGGGGAUACUUCUGCUUCUAGUCCAGUCAGUGCUGGGAUCUAUCGUCAACGCCUUCAUGGUGGGCUGCAUGUUUGUUAAGAUCUCGCAGCCCAAGAAGCGAGCAGAGACACUAGUGUUUUCCACCAACGCUGUCAUCUCGAUGAGAGACGGACGGCUGUGCCUGAUGUUCAGAGUCGGAGACCUCCGAAACUCGCACAUCGUCGAGGCUUCGAUCCGAGCCAAGCUUAUCAAGUCUAAGCAGACCAAGGAGGGGGAGUUCAUUCCUCUCAACCAGACGGACAUAAACGUGGGUUACAACACAGGAGACGACAGGCUGUUCCUGGUGUCGCCGCUCAUCAUCUGCCACGAGAUAAACCAGCACAGCCCCUUCUGGGAGAUCUCCCAGGCUCAUCUGGCCAAGGAAGACCUGGAAAUUGUUGUGAUCCUGGAGGGAAUGGUGGAGGCCACAGGGAUGACCUGCCAAGCUAGGAGCUCCUACGUCAGCAGCGAGAUCAAAUGGGGGUACCGCUUCAUGCCCGUCCUGACGCUGGAGGACGGCUUCUAUGAGGUGGACUACAACAGCUUCCAUGAGAUCUACGAAACCAACACGCCCGCCUGCAGUGCCAAAGAGCUCGCCGACAUGGCCAACCGUGCCCGACUGCCUCUCACCUGGUCGCUAGCCAGCAAGCUGAGCCAGCAGGGGCUGCCUGAGUCCGAGCACGAGGUCCAGGGGACCAAGACCACCCCGGAGAACGAGGAGAAGAGCCAGACGGCCGAGAGAAACGGGGACAUUGCCAAUCUGGAGAGCGAGUCCAAAGUGUAGCGAGAACUGUACAAUAAACAGUGAGCUCACUGGUUUUCGAUGAGAUUCCUGGACUGUAGUGUGGACCAUCUGCAGGAGAUGGACCCAUCAUGAGGACCAAGGAGCACAGUAGACCAAGUAAUCCUUCACGUAGACCCACGACUUUUCAGUGAUUCUCACAUAGCCUGGAAAGCCAGAACCGAACAUGUAGACACGAGGCCCACAGCUGGACUGAGAAUCCUCUGCAACAAGUGCAUGUUGUAACUAUAACGUGAUGUCCUCCUGACGAGAUUCCCGUUAUUUUUUCUAAUACGACAUUCCUAGGGGCAUUUCCAUAAGUAUUUUUGUACAUAUUAUAAGCAGUUUUGGAUUCUUUGUUUUGUUGAUGUGUGAAUAUUUAAAUGAUGUUUGAUACUACGACCUUUAGGUUAGUUCUGUAUAUAUUCUAUGCCUUACUGUAUGUAUGAAGCUUUCAAUAAUCUUUUUUGUUUUUUUUCCAGAAAUAUAUCUAAGCAUGUAUAAACAGUUCAUUUAUCUCGUAUUCUGCACAUACUGUAUGACGUUAAUGUUGUAAGAAAAAUGUACAUUUCAAAUGGAUGCAAGCUCUAGUUGAAACCAAUGAGUAAUCUUUCCCCGAAUGAUAAGUGUGUGUUUACGAUCGAACUACACGAAGCCAUGACUUGCUGUUUACAGCUGACCGACUUCAGACAACGGCCCUUUAAAACUGCAUUUUGUCACUUUUUUUGCACACAGGAGACUUCUUGUUAGGUGAAGGAUGUUAGCUGAUUUUCUCCAGAAAUCCUUCACACGUCACCUAAAAUCAUAGUCAAUAAAAAACAGUAAAUUGCUUAUUAUGCACCUGAUGAAGUAUUCUCUUUAUUUUUGUUUUCUGAAAGUAAUUUUGUAAUUAGACUGUAUAUGAUGGCUCUAGUCUUUGCAUUUAGAAACUUAAGCUGAUAGACCUUAAACCUGUUUCCUUUUUUAUCGUCCACCUGGACACAACCUGAUUGAGUUUCACUUCAACUACUAGUUUAAAAUAAUUUUGGAAAGUCUAAUAUUAUAGCUUGUGUGGUUUCUCAGCUAUUCCUUCAGUCA